AACACUUUGUCCGGUGAACGUGGUGAAUAGUGUACGUCGGUGCUGGGAAGCCGCGCGCGCGUCCGUGAGAGUUCGUGGAAGUCUCCGUAUUCGCGAUGGACGGCCGUCCGGCGAUACCUGUUGCACGAUCGGGUCCAGGAGCCCGGCACAUCUCGGACGUCCACCGUCGUCCUUUCUAAAGUGUUCACCGGCGCCGGUGACUCGAGGAAGGCGAAGGAUGCAUCGCCGCGUUCGCGCCCGUUGUUGACGUUUUCCCUGCAGUGUGCACGCGUGUGCGACAACGAAGUGUAUGUGUGUGUGUGUGUGUACAUGUGUGCGUGCUAACAGUCGCGUCAAUCGUCAAUCGCGUGAUACUUGACGUCUCGCGCCGCGUUGCAGCAGCGGUUGCGUGUCGGGUCGAGAAUCUGAGGAAUCGCGCAUACCGGCGCGAAACGAGCUCGCUCGCGCGCGCGCGCGCGCGUGCAAAAUCGACGAGGUAUGGGAAUCGUGCAAAGCCGCGGCGGCGAGAGCGAUGGUGGUGUUCGCGAGGUAUUCGUCGGCGGUGUCAAGGCCGGCGUGCCUCAUCACUCGUGUCAACCCAGCCUGGGCAUGGGCAGCCUGGGCGGACCUCACACACGCAGCGGCAGCGUACGCAGCGGCAGCGUACGCAGCGCGCCGAGACAACCGAUGCCGGACGCAAUCGAGCUCGAGAGGCGUUUCACCAAAGUGCUGGCCUCCAUGGAUUUGCCACCGGACAAGGCGAAGCUUUUGAAGCAGUACGACAAUGAAAAGAAAUGGGACAUCAUAUGUGAUCAAGAAAGAGUACAGGCUAAGGAUCCACCAUCCCAUUAUUUGGCAAAGUUACGCACCUAUCUGGAUCCCAAAGCAUCACGAAGCCAUCGAUCGUAUCGUUUUCUUACAUUCUUCCAGAAAAGGAAAAUGGUUGGAGAAUCUACAUCGACCCAAGUAUUACGAGAUUUGGAAAUAUCUUUGCGCACAAAUCAUAUUGAAUGGGUAAGAGAGUUCUUGGACGAGGAAAAUCAAGGCCUAGAUGCCUUGAUAGACUACCUCAGCUUCAGGCUAUUGAUGAUGCGGCAUGAGCAACGGCUCUUGGAAUCUCACACAAGCUCUGAGGAAAAAUUACAAACCGCAAGCACCGGCGAUACAUCAACGUUAAACAAUGGAUGCUUGAGGCCGCCUCUCCACGAGCUUAAAGACAGUCCUGGUGUCAAAAGGAGAUCUCGACACGUGGCACGCUUAAAUAUGGGUGAAGCAAAGGACGACAUUCAUGUUUGCAUACUGUGCAUGCGUGCCAUCAUGAAUAAUAAGUAUGGAUUUAACAUGGUUAUUCAACACAGAGAAGCUAUCAACUGCAUUGCAUUAAGCUUAAUCCAUAAAAGUCUAAGAACAAAAGCUCUAGUAUUGGAGCUUCUUGCGGCAAUCUGUUUAGUAAAGGGCGGCCAUGAAAUCAUUUUGUCAGCAUUCGACAACUUUAAAGAAAUCUGUUCCGAGAGGAGAAGAUUCACGACGCUCAUGGCGUAUUUCACCCAAUACGAUAGUUUUCAUAUAGAAUUUAUGGUCGCCUGUAUGCAAUUUGUCAAUAUUGUCGUGCAUUCGGUCGAGGACAUGAACUUCAGGGUACAUUUGCAAUACGAGUUUACGAAACUUGGAUUGGAUGAAUAUCUCGAGAAACUUAGACACACGGAGAGCGAAGAUUUGCAGGUUCAAAUCUCGGCUUACCUGGAUAACGUAUUUGAUGUAGCUGCCUUGAUGGAAGACAGCGAAACAAAGACUGCAGCAUUAGAGAAAGUAGCGGAAUUAGAAGACGAACUUGGUCAUGCGCAUGAUCGUAUGGCAGAAUUAGAAAGAGAAUCAUUGGCGAAAUUGGCGGAAUUGGAAACCGAAUUAGGCGCAUUAAAAGUGGAGUACGCCGAUGCCUUGGAAGCGCGUAGAUUAGUAGAAGAAGAACUUGCAGCUUUAAAGAGACAAAGGCAAGAUUCCGCCCGAAGACAAAGUGUUUUGGAAAAUAAAAUCAUUGAAUUGGAAAGUCUCACGGAUACGCUUACGAAAGGCUCAUCAGCCGCUAGUCUACGCAACGGUAUUGCAACGAGCCCUCUAAGUAACUCAAAUGACAUCACAUCUGAAAUAUUUACCCCAGCACCGUCACCGGUUUUGGAUCAAGCACCUCCACCGGCUCCUGCGCCGCCACCUCCGCCGCCGCCGCCAUGUCCACCGCCACCUCCUAUGGCGCCAUUUUCUCCAGGAGAUCAGAAAUUACCGCCACCUGUUCCUAUACCUCCGCCACCCGCCGGCAUGAUGCAAGCGCCUGAUGGAGCAAUGACUAUUAAACGAAAAGUUCAAACAAAGUACAAACUUCCUACACUUAAUUGGGUUGCUCUAAAACCUAAUCAAGUGCGAGGUACUAUCUUCAAUGAAUUGGAUGACGAUCGUCUGCACAACUACAUUGACUUCUCCGACUUUGAAGAGCGAUUUAAGAUCGGCAUGAGUGGGCAUGUGGCCAACGGUAGUAGUGAGAUUGAUGGACUUCAAACCUGUCCCAGUAAACGAUUCAAGAAACCUGAAAAUGUAUCUCUUUUGGAACAUACGCGAUUGCGAAAUAUUGCCAUAUCGCGUCGCAAAAUGGAAAUGCCAGUGGAGAAAGUAAUAAUGGCGGUAAAUGCUCUCGACUUGAAAGUUCUCUCGCUUGAAAAUGUGGAAUUGUUGCAACGUAUGGUACCUACAGACCAAGAAAUAAAGGCUUACCGUGAAUACAUUAUAGAAAAGAAAAACGUCAACUUAUUGACGGAAGAAGAUAAAUUUUUGAUGCAGCUUGGUAAAGUAGAAAGGAUAUCUACCAAGCUGUCGAUUAUGAAUUAUAUAGGAAACUUUUUCGACAAUUUACACCUUAUUACACCACAAAUACAUGCUGUGAUAUCUGCGUCCAGUUCGGUUAAGAGCUCAAAAAAAUUAAGAGCAGUAUUAGAAAUUAUUCUUGCCUUUGGUAACUACUUAAACAGUAGCAAACGAGGCCCUGCGUACGGCUUCAAAUUACAAAGCUUAGAUACAUUAUCGGAUACAAAAUCGACUGAUAAAAGGAUGUGCCUUUUGCAUUAUAUUGUUGCCACAAUACGAGUCAAAUUCCCAGAACUGAUCAAUUUUGAAUCAGAAUUGAUGUACAUCGACAAGGCUGCAACAGUUUCGCUGGAAAAUAUAACAACCGAUGUUCAUGAGCUGGAAAAAGGCAUGGAUCUCGUGCGAAAAGAAUACGAAUUGCGUGGCAAAGAAAAGCACAAUACAGUAUUGCGCGAUUUCUUAAAUAAUUCCGAAGAAAAAUUACGUCGUUUGAAACUUGACGCACGCACUGCCGGUGAAGCUUUCCGAGAAUGUGUCGAAUUCUUUGGAGAAAGUCCAAGACAAGCUGAUGCUAAUACCUUUUUCUCACUUCUUGUCAGAUUCGCGAGAGCAUUUAAGCUAGCGGAUCAAGAAAAUGAACAGCGUCGUAGAUUAGAGGCUGCCGCAGCAGAAGCUUUAAAUACCUCAGAAGAAAUCAUAAAACGUAAUAAAUUGAACCAGAAGAAACAACAGGAUGCUGUUAUAAAUGAACUGAAAAACAAAACGCGAUUGGUGCAAGAGAAGAAGCUAUUGCAGCAGGAUGAAGUAUAUAACGGUGCUCUAGAGGAUAUUCUUCUCGGCCUCAGAUCCGAACCGUAUCGCAGAGCGGAUGCUGUGAGACGUAGUCAACGACGACGUAUCGAUAAUCAUAGACUAUCGCGCACUGCCGAAGAGCUUGAACUCUAAUUUUUUACAUUUCUAAUCCAUCCGCAUUUCUCAAAGUGCUUCAGUUCUAUAGAACGAAGAUUGCCUUGUAAUUUGAUGAAUUUACAGAAUUAAAGUCUCGUAAUUUAGCUUUACAUAAAAAAACGACAAGAAAUUAACAAAGAACAUCGAUAUAUAGUUUGAGAACAUACUUUUGAAAAUAUUAACUGCGCGCGCACACAACUAGAUAAUAUGUGUAUUAUAUGCAUUCGAUAUUUUCCCAAUUUUUGGAAGCUUUUUACUUGUAUGCUCUGUUAUGAACAUACAAAUCUGUAACCGAAUGAUAUCAAUUUAGUACGUCCAAUUAGAAUUGACUUUUUGCACAAGUCUUAGUGGUGCUGAAAGUUCGCAACUGUCAUAAAUUUGAAAUUUACUUACAUCUCUAGAGUGUAAAUUUGCCGAACGGCGUUAUUAAUUAUUAUUAAUUAUUGCCGAGCGGUAAUUAGAGAUCUUAGAAAACGCUUGAUAUUUAAUGAUCUUUCUAUGCAUAGUUGUUAUAUGAAUCUCGUAAUUAAAGACAUAUAAACAUCUUUCCAAGAUAGCAUAAUAUUACCAUUAGUUAAGGGACACUUCUUUGCAUUUCUAUGCAAUUCCUUUUAACACUGUUCAAGACAUUUACAUUUGUGGAAUUUUUAUGUAUGUCGAUUAUAUAUAUAAAACUACUUUUGUUUUCCUCUGUUUCAUAAAGCACAUAAAAAUUGUUUAAUUAAACUUAGUUGUUGAUUGUUAUACAUAUUGUGAAAAUAUUUAUAAAUCAACUAUAUAAAUAUGUAUUCAUUAAAUUAAUUACUUACAUCCUAUAAUUUGCUUAAUAUCAAAUGAACAAAGUCAUUUAACUUUUAACAUAAGUUUGUGUGUAGAAUCGGUCUAGAGUGCAGUCGCAGAUUUUUAUAAAUUUAUGAAACGUAUGGUAUCUGUGGACAUUCCAACGAAAUGUGCAAUAAGCUGGGAAAACCUAUUACAAAAUAUACAAAUGUAUCUUGAAAGCAAAAGCACGGAAUUCGAAAUAAAUGCUUAUACUUUCGUAUUAUGAAA